UCAUUUGCAUUGAAUAUAAACAACCAGUCAAAAGCAAUAAACGUAGGAAAUUUCUUGGAAACUCUCACAAUGGACUACUAAAAAUUGAAGUACAAGCACAUACAAGUGCAAAGAAAAAAGAAGGGCAAUUUCUUAGUCAUUGAGCUUACUGCACCUUUCGAUUCAUCAAUUACGCCGGAGAAAUCCAUCUCUGUCCUCGUCGUCUUCCUCCGCACAAAGACAAUUAAUUGAAUCUAUGGCAUCAUCUUCUUCUUGUGCGAGUAAUUCACAGAACUGUCCUCGAUGCAAGUACGGUGUCUUUGUAUGUUUCAGAGGAAAAGAUACCCGGAAUAAUUUUACGAGUCACUUGUGCAAAGGUUUUAAAAAUAGGGGAAUAACCACCUUUCUAGAUGAUGAAAGUCUAGUGGCUGGCGAUUCCAUCUCAGAAGAACUCGUGCAAGCGAUAGAAGAGUCUCAAGUUGUUGUAAUCGUUUUCUCAAAGAAUUAUGCUACGUCAAAGUGGUGCUUGAAUGAACUAGUGAAGAUUAUGAAAGCAAAUGGACAAACAGUUAUACCGAUCUUCUAUUAUGUGGAUCCAUCACAUGUUCGACACCAAAGUGAGAGCUUUGCAGAAGCAUUUGCCAAACACGAAUCGAGGUAUAAGGAUGAUGUUGAGGGGAUGCAGAAGGUUCAAGGAUGGAGGAAUGCCCUAACUGCUGCCGCAGAUCUAAAAGGAUAUGAUAUUCAUGACGGAAUUGAAAUGCAUGACUUGAUUGAAGAUAUGGGCAAAUACAUAGUGAAAAUGCAAAAAGAUUCCAGCAGAAUAGGGAAUGUUGAAGAUUUCGAAGAUGUGAUGAUGAACAAUAUGGGGACCAUGGCAGUGGAAGCAAUCUGGUUUACUUGUUUUAAAAAACUAAGCUUUAGCAAAGACGCAAUAAAAAAUAUGCAAAGGCUUAGGAUAUUAUGCAUGCAGACUUAUCCACGGGCUUCCCAAAGUGAUUCAGAAGAUGGCUCUAUUGAGUACCUGCCCAACAACUUGCGUUGGUUUGCCUGGCUUUUUUAUCCUUGGAAGUUGUUGCCAGAAAAUUUUAAUCCCAGAAGGCUUGUUCAUCUUGAUCUCCAAUUGAGUUCAUUGCAUUAUUUAUGGAAGGAAACAAAGCAAUUUCUGUCUCUAUGAAGGAUAGAUCUAAGUCACUCUAGAAGCCUGAAGAGAACACCAGAUUUCAAGGGGAUGCCAAAUUUGGAGUAUUUGAAUCUAGAGGAAUGUACGAGUCUUGAAGAAGUUCAUCAUUCCCUCAUGUAUUGCAA